GUCUGCGUCACGUGAGCACAGCUUUGCGGAAAAACGAAAAAUGGCAGGAUCGAGGUGGUUGAGACGAGACAGAUUAACGGCGUUUAUCGCCUUUUUAUUCGCCCUUUUCUCUACAGGGAGCUCCACUGCCCAAGUGCCGCUUCUCAUGUGGUCCAAUGACGGUUUACCACCACUGGCCUCACCUGCAGCUGGUCACAUCACGUCCAAUGAGCAGCUGUCUGCCUACCUCACCUCUGCCUUUGGUCACGGCCCCCACACUGUGCUGUUGUUCAUGCAAGACAAGUUAAGCAAAGACGACUUCACAGUCUUUGGUGGAGUGUUUGGAAACAAGCAGGACGGGGCCUUUCAAAACCUCAAGGCUGCACUGCAGUCCUCUUCCUCGUCAGUGACGCUCCCUGCGUUAGAGUGGUCAGACGCCUCUGUCGUCCUGGCUCUGCUGCAAGAGAAGCUCGGUGUCUCACCACUGCUUGUGGAUGCAGAAACUCUGUCACAUCUCAGCAUCAACACAUCUGCCAGCAAUCUGCUGCUCAUCAAUCUCCCUUAUUGUACAGGCGUGGACAAGCCUUGCAAGGAAGUCCUGCACAAAAAUGAUGAAAUCAUCGGGAAAGUUCUCAGUGUUAUGAAAGACAAAAAUGUCCUGUACACUGCAAUGUACACAGGACUCCGGCCGUCACGAGUGAUUUCAGAGACGUCUAUGUCCCACCAGCACGCGGGGCGGACCUUGCUCCAAGCACCUGUGAUUGAUGUCAAAGCGCCCAUCAUAUUUAACAUGUCGGGUAACCCUUGCAUAAUGCUCUGGGUUCAGAAUCUCAAUGUCAGCGUCACUCCGGAUCGACAGUGGAUCGACCUCGCCACACAAACACCUUCUUUGACAGGAUCCAUGUGCAACGCCAGCAGCUCACUGCUUGUCCUCAGUUAUGCAUCAGGCUUUACUCUAAGUUUUUCCAUGAGUCAGCGGCUUUAUCCUGUGUCUGCACGGAACUGGUUCACCCUGGACUCUGUGCAGCUGCAGUUCAACGGUACAAAUGUAACUUUCUUCGGGGCCCGCUACAUCUACGCCCCUGCAGAGUACUCCUUCCACUGCCAGUCCGUCACCAACUACAUAGAUCCUCUGCUAGUGACAAACAACACCAGCCCAAACAUCCCAGACUGGAGGCUCAAUUUUGUCGACUUCCAGAUUCAAGGCUUCGGUUUGGCCAACGGAACAAACUUCUCCUAUGCCAGUGACUGUGCAGGCUUCUUCACUCCAGGGAUUUGGAUGGGGCUUUUGACCUCACUGCUCAUGCUGUUAAUUUUCGUGUAUGGUCUGCACAUGAUCAUGCAGCUUAACACCAUGGAUCGAUUCGACGACCCCAAAGGUCCAUCGAUAUCAGUGCCUCAGACGGAGUGAAGUGCUCCUGGACACACACUCCUCAGUCCUUCAGUGCCUCCUCGGAGAGUCCCUCCUUGUCGUGUUACUUUUGUGUCUUUGGGCCUUUUUUCCUUUGAAGGUAUUUGUCCGGCACAUGGACGUUUCCUCUGAUGUUCUCCCCUGUAGUUACUCUCCCAAAUCUUUCCACAGCUGUCUUUGAGACACCCUAAUCUUGCAAGGCACAUUCCUUUUCAUCUCGCCACAUUUGCAAGUGCCAAAGUGGAUGCACCUUUUUAUACGAGUUGAUUUCGAGUGCUAAAAGAUGUUUUUGUGCCGCUGUUGGCCAGACACAGUGGCUGCCUUCCCUAAAAUCAUUUGCAAUAAUUUCUCGCACCAGAGAAUGUCUUGUGUGCCAACAUGAAUGUGAUUGCUGGAUGCUGUGGGACCGUUUCAGACCUCACUUCUUACUUUUAAAACGUUUUUUCCAACUCGACUGUAAUUUAAAGACUACUGGUUAUGAAAGAAGUGCCUGUAUAUAAAGAGUAGAUUGCUGUUUGUGACUGUGGAAUUGCCUUACAAAGUAUGAAAACCUUGGAUUUAGCUCUGCACAGACAAAUCCAACCCAAGUGCCACCACUUAAGGGACUGUUUGUUAUUUAUGAGGGGAAAGGGGGUGAUGCAAAGAGGUCAUAGUCAAAUGUUGUUUUAAGCACUGGGGAGGGCCUUUUGUUUUUUAUUUUGGCUUAGGGGAGAAGCAUACAAAGUUAAACGGUUGUAAUUUGUAUUUAUUUUACCGUAGAUUUUUAAAGAAAACAUGCAGGCAGGUUUGUAAGAUAUUUAUCACAGCCAGAAGCUAAAAAAAGAGGAAUUAUUGUUGGAUUUUCAUAUUUCCAACAGUCCUUGGUCACAUGAUGUCUGGCGAAUACCUCCUUCAGGAAAAACAAUAACUAAAUCUGUGCUGAAAAUAGUGAUAUUUAAUCAAAAUCACUUAAUUCUACGUCUCAUUUCAAAUUUGGCUAACAGUUUGAACUACCGAACGGACGCGCGACACGAGUCAAAAACCAAGGCUUUUUCCAACUUCAGGGUCUAUCUUCAAUGUUUAAUUUUAAACUUUCAAAAGCUAAAGGGUGAAGUUUUAAAAAUCUAAUAAUUUUUGGUGGAGGGAGGGUCAUGCAUUUCCUGCCAGUCACGCAGGGAGGCUCAAGGAAAAAUAUUGGAGCUUUGGAAAGUCACCGUCCUCCUCCUCUGACAAGUA